AUGACAAAAAGUGUUUAUGAAGGCGUUAGUGAUCCAACGAAUACACUAAAAAAGAGAAUAGCAAAACUAGCUAAAGAAUUAUUUGAUAAAAAUAGAAUAUCAUUACAACAGAAGAAGGAUAUGACAUCGACUGAUGAUUUGCCAAAACUUGGCGGCCAACCAAAAUUACACAAAACAAACCAUUCAAUGAGAAUAGUUACAUAUAGUAGAAACACAAUAAUAUCACUAGUGUCAAAAUUAGCUAUUUCAUAUAUCCAACAAUUAAGAGAAACAAAUGAAAAUGUGGUUCGUAAUACGAAAAACGUAAUUAAUGAUGUUUCAAAUAUUAAGACCGACAAUGAUGAACGUUUGGCCAGUCUAGAUGUGGUAGAUUUGUUCAAUAAUAUUCCUGUAUCACACGCUGUUGGCAUUGCCAUCAAUGGAAAAAAUUUUGUGAAUCAUCGUUAA